AUGCCUGAAUGCGUUAUAGAAGCAUCAGAAGCUGAAACAAAAAUCUCAAACAGUGCAACAAGUUCAACAGAGGAAAAAGAACCUAAUGAUGAGUUGCUUGGUGCGGAAGAAACUAUAAUAAUGAAUAAUAACAUAGUAAAUAAUGUUUCAUUAUCCGAGAGAAGUGAAAUACGCUCAGCAUCUUCAUCUAGUAAUGAUUCUUCAUCCACAUCAAAGACUUGCAGUAAGUCCAGUUGUUCACUGAGUAGCACAUCAUCUUCAUCAGAUUCUGAAGCAGAACCAUUUGGCUCUGAUGACAGCAUAAAGGAUCCGCCCUAUCAUGAGUCAUCAUAUGAUGAAUCAUCAUCGGACUAUGAAGUAUUAGAUCAGUGCGAGCUCUGUUUGCAAUUUAAAAAUUGUGCUGAAGAGGAGAAAGUAUCGUUAAUAGAGAAGUAUGAAUCGCACAUCAAAGAAAAAGACUUAAGUCGUAAAGAAAAAGAACAUGACAUUAAUAGUGGGGCUGAAGUAAUCGUUUUUGAUCUUCAGGCGGUUCUUCCGUGUCCAGUUGGAGAUGCUUCAUCUUUCUUUUAUGUCUCGAAGUUAAAUGUGUUGAACUUCACUUUAUAUGACAUCAAAAGUCAUCAGGGAACCUGUUUUUUAUGGCACGAAGCUGAAGCACAAAGAGGUGCAAAUGAAAUAGAAAAACAAUUAACAGAAUGUACAGACACUGAGGCAGAAGAGGAACUAUUCGACAAAAUAUAUGAAAAUAACUCAUACACAAUUAUUGAUCGCAAUAAUUUAUUUGAGAAAAAUUUUGAGAACAUAGAAAAUUUACCGCUAAAUAAUAUACCAAUUAUUUUAUCGCAGGAGCUUAUUACUCCAUUAAAUAUUGACAAUGUUUCCGACGAUUAUAACACGCAACAACAAAUGGAAGAGCCAAAUUUGCCAGAUAUAAAAGAAGCCAUGUUAGAUGUUCAAAGAGAAGUUCAAUACUUAAAACAGGAAGUGCAAGAAAUUAGGAAUGAGUUGAGAGAACAAGGAGCCAAAAUAUAUUUAUUAUUAGACAAUAUUUGUAAAAAAAUAGACAACAUGACCACAUCUCCAAAAGAAAAUAUUUCUAUAGAAAAACAACCAGUUGCAGAUCUUUUAAAACAUUAUGAAUUUCCUUUAACAACAUGUGAAAAUGUAUCAAAGCUAGACCAUGAAUUAAGAAAUAGCAAAAUUCUAAAAGAACAGUUAACAGUAUUACUAACUACGAUUGCUGGAACAACUGGUCAACAGGACGCUACAAAAAUUUGUUUUAAAAUAAUAGACUAUUUAAUUUCCCCGGAAGUUCUUAAACAAUAUUCAUGGACGGGUGUUUCAAGAAAAAAGACUGAUGCUGAAAAAAAACCGUUCCAUAAUUUAGAAAGCUUAAUUUCUGUAAUGUUUGAAGUUCUCUGUAAGGCAGAUAAUCGACACACCAAGGAAAAAAACGAAUUUAUAUUAAAAAAUAAUAUUCUCAAGCACGCCAAAAAAAGAUAUGAAAGAAAAGUUAAACCCACAAAAGAUAUUCAUAUUACCGGCGAAGGAGAAGAAGAAGAAGAAGAGAUGAGACCUGAUACUGAAGAGGAUGAUAGUGGCAAAAAUGAAGGAGUGCAUAUAGAAUCCAAUGAAUAAUGCUUUUUUAUUCAGAAAUGGAAAUUACUACUGACAUAUGGAGAGUUACCAGAUUUUGUUUUUAAUUUUUAUAAUAGAAUAUUUAUGUUUGUGUUUCAUAAUUUUUGUUGAAGCUUGAGAAUCUGAACAUUUAUGUUUUUGUUUC